UUUCAGGUUGGCAACACUGACUACUGACACGCUCCUUGCUACUCUCGUCCAUUUUGUUUUUUCUUUCAAAGAAUACAGUCAGUGAUCUCGGUAGCUUAACACGUAUUCGUGUCGUUAGACUCAAAAUUUUACAAUGCGUUACGUGGCUGCUUACCUUUUGGCUGUCCUUGGCGGUAAAGCUGAACCCGCGAAAACGGACAUAGAAAAGAUUUUGUCAUCUGUGGGUAUUGAAGCCGAUGAUGAGAAACUCAAAAAAGUCAUCGGUGAGCUCAAGGGAAAGAGCAUCGAGGACCUAAUUUCACAAGGACGUGAAAAAUUGUCCUCAAUGCCUGUGGGUGGUGGAGCAGCACCUGCCGCAGCUGCUGCCGGUGGAGGUGGUGCAGCUCCAGCAGAGGAGAAGAAAGAGGAGAAGAAACCAGCCAAAGAGGAAUCUGAAUCCGAAGAUGAGGACAUGGGAUUCGGUCUCUUUGAUUAAGCCUAACAUCCAGACUUUUAUUCUCCAACAGCGGUGCAGCAUCAAGGCUAGUUGUACAAAUAAUUUCUUCCCUUUUUUACACACCCCUGCUGAGGAAUAAAUCUUUUUUUUAAAUCCA